GAAGCAGCGGCAGGACCAACAAGGUUUGCUUGUUCUGUUACUGCUGAGCACUGCAAACAGCCUGGAGCUGCUGGGAAGACCUUCUGCACGCCAAGUGACAGGCACAAGUGCAGCAGCACCCAGGGAGAAACCGAGAGCUCAGAUGAGACGUGCCCGUGCUGUUCACAGUCGUAGAGCAAAGAGAACCUGCUGUGCCCACGCAGAAAGAAGCCAGCCACAAUUCAGAGCUCAGCUUUCUGAUCUGCAACAGCUGGGGAGGCACUGUGUCACCUGGCAGGGCUCCUGGCAGACCUGGCAAAUGUGGGGACGGGGAAGAGGAGUGUGUGAGACACUUGUCCCAAAGACAGGGCAGAGAAGCCAGAAAGAGCCUGGGGAGGAGUUACAUGACCGAGAGCCUCUCCCUGCCCCGCAGGCGCCGCUGGACACAGUCUCCUAGUGACCCGGAGCCCCCGUGCUCUGACCUUCCGUGCCAGGCAGCCAGGGCCUCACGGUGUGAAGCUGCUGGGAUGAGUGCAGCCCCAUGGUACAAAGAAAAGCUGUUGUCAGGGUUCUUGCCCACGCACACCAAGCAGAGGUUCUCCAACUCGCUUAACAGCCAGCGCUGGAGGUUCUUAAAAAGUGGUCUGGAUGAUUUCAGAAGUGGCUUCCCUCCUCCAUGUGAUAACAUCAUCAUCCAGGGCACAAAGGGGCUUUCUUCCAUCCUGCUGCAGAGUGGAUCCCACCUGGCUCAACAAAAGGCACAGAAAACACCAGCUAAACCUGAGUGCAAGCUCAGGUCAGAGCUGGAAGCUGGGAAGAAGUUCACAAAGGAGACUGACCGUCACCCAAGCCACGACCCUGAGUUACUUCACUCUCAUUUGAAAGAUGGCACCCUUCCAGAAGUAAAGACAACAUAGUUGCUGCUGUUCUUCCUUGAAGUAAACACCUGUGCAUUACUUGAAAUGCAAAAACAGUCCAGGAUUGUGUUCCCUCUUGCCUUAUAAGCCCCCUUCCCCUUGUUAUUAAUUACAAACAGGAAGCCAACAAAGUCCACAUCUCCACAUUAAAAUGUAUCUCUCUUCUUACCAUAGAGAGAGCUAUAUAUAAGGAGCUGGCAGAUCUCUGAGACAGCUUGCUGACAUGGUGAUAUAAGUCACCCAGGUCAGUUACUGAACCAGGCUCACACUUACCCAUCAAUAUAAGACACUGGAGAGAAGACGCUUUGCCCUCCAGCCUUGGAAACAUCUUUGGAUAGCCCUGGACAUGCCAUGAAUAAUAAAGAAUCUCUCAUUCAA